GAAUGAUUGCUGCUAACCCACUACAGAGGCCUUUCGUUCACCAUGCCAUUCAAGGGGUUCACUACCUUCAAAGAAAAAUUCCUGAAGCCGGGAAAGGAGGGUGUGAAGAAUGCGGUUGGUGACUCGCUGGGCAUUUUCCAAAGAAAAAUCGAUGGGACCAAUGUGGAAGAAGAUAGCAUUGAGCUGAAUGAAGAGGGGCAGCCAGUGCAGGUUCCAACUCGGGGCGCCCCUCGUUGUGACUGCUAUUGCUGUGGGGUACCCAAACGCUACAUCAUUGCCAUUAUGAGUGGCCUCGGUUUCUGCAUUUCUUUUGGAAUACGGUGCAACCUAGGAGUCGCCAUUGUGGAGAUGGUCAAUAACAGUACUGUGUACAUAAAUGGGAAGCCAGAAGUCCAGAGAGCACAAUUUAACUGGGACCCAGAGACAGUCGGACUCAUCCACGGAUCUUUUUUCUGGGGCUAUAUUAUGACCCAGAUUCCAGGAGGCUUCAUCUCAAAUAAAUUUGCUGCAAACAGGGUAUUUGGAGCUGCUGUUUUCUUAACAUCCACCCUGAAUAUGUUCAUCCCUUCCGCAGCCCGAGUGCAUUAUGGCUGUGUCAUGCUGGUCAGGAUUCUACAGGGUCUGGUGGAGGGUGUUACCUACCCAGCAUGCCAUGGGAUGUGGAGUAAGUGGGCACCCCCACUGGAGAGAAGCCGACUGGCAACUACCUCUUUCUGUGGUUCAUAUGCUGGGGCAGUGGUAGCAAUGCCAUUGGCUGGAGUAUUAGUGCAGUACAUUGGAUGGUCCUCUGUCUUUUAUAUUUAUGGGACGUUUGGGAUUAUUUGGUACAUGUUCUGGUUGCUGCAUGCCUAUGAGUGUCCUGCCUCUCACCCAACUAUCUCGGAGGAAGAGCGCACCUACAUAGAGACGAGUAUCGGCGAAGGCGCCAACCUGGUCAGCCUAGAUAAAUUUAAUACACCCUGGAAGCGGUUUUUCACAUCAAUGCCCGUUUACGCCAUCAUCGUGGCCAACUUUUGUCGGAGUUGGACCUUCUAUUUAUUGUUGAUCAGUCAGCCUGCUUACUUUGAAGAAGUCUUCGGCUUUGCAAUAAGCAAGGUGGGUCUCUUGUCUGCAGUCCCACAUAUGGUCAUGACAAUCAUCGUACCCAUUGGAGGACAGCUGGCUGAUUAUUUAAGAAGCAGGAAGAUUUUAACAACAACGGCUGUGCGCAAAAUCAUGAAUUGUGGAGGUUUUGGCAUGGAAGCAACCUUACUCUUGGUGGUGGGCUUUUCUCAUACCAAAGGCGUGGCCAUCUCCUUCCUGGUGCUGGCAGUAGGGUUCAGUGGCUUUGCAAUUUCAGGAUUUAACGUCAACCACUUGGAUAUUGCCCCGCGCUAUGCCAGCAUUCUCAUGGGGAUCUCUAAUGGCGUGGGGACCCUUUCUGGAAUGGUUUGCCCCCUUAUUGUUGGUGCAAUGACUAAGCACAAGACCCGGGAAGAGUGGCAGAAUGUCUUCCUCAUAGCAGCCCUGGUACACUACAGUGGUGUGAUCUUCUAUGGUGUCUUUGCUUCUGGGGAGAAACAGGAAUGGGCCGACCCGGAGAACCUCUGUGAGGAAAAGUGUGGCAUCAUUGACCAAGACGAGCUGGUGGAGGAGAUGGAACUGAACCACGAGGCUUUUGUUUGUCCAAGGAAGAAAAUGUCCUAUGGGGCAACUGCUCAGAAUAGUGAAAUCCAGCGAAAUGAAUGGAGAGGGCAGAGGGGACUGACACUAGAUGAGGAAGAGCAGUCAUCCUACCAGCAUGAAGGGGAAUGCUUCCCAGACACUUCCUAGUGUAAGAAAAUACCCGGUUGUCUCAGCAUCCCAGGCCUUCUCAUACCGUGAAA